UUAUACUAUAUUACAGAGGCAGAUGUCUGCCAACGAGGCGAUUACACAUGCUCAAAAAAUGCCAGCUGUGUCAGAGAGGGACCCUCACAUUCAUGUGAAUGUAAGGCAGGAUUCUACGACGAAAACCCAACCGUACCGGGUACUGACUGCAAGAGAAAUAUCUCUCCAGGCGCAGAUCCAUGUAAAGGCUUGUGUUCAUCAUGUGCUCAGUGUGUGGUUGGUCCUGGAGGCAGCCAUGAAUGUAGCUGCUAUCCUGGUUUGAUAGAUCAGAAUCCUAUUAAUCCUGGGAAGCUAUGCAAAGAUCCUGUCGACUGUUUUGAUCAAGAAGAGGACAUUUGCUCAUCCCAAAAUCUAUGUCUUCCAUCCAAGUUUCUCUGCUCAUUGAGGAAGGUUUUCAAAUUAACAGCAGAAUUCAACUCUUGGAUCUUCAACUCCUCUCUGCACGACCCAGGAAGCGAUGCUUGGGCAUAUGCCUCUACAAAGAUCAUUAAAACUGUUGUCCCCAGAAUGCGGUUUGUUCUGUCAGAUUCAUCCUUUGACAUGACAGUGGUGGGCUUCCAGAGAGGUAGUGUGGUGGUCAGGAUGAUGUGCGGUUAUAAUGGGAAUACUACCGCUGAUGAAAGAACUCUCCAGGCUGCUCUGCAGGACACAAUCCGCAAACACUUGGACAACUCCGCCAUAGCUACCUUGAAAAGAGUUUCCCAGAUAUCAAUGGCCCCAGGAGCAGGCUGGAAAGUGGCGACAAUAGUCCUGGGAGUUCUGCUGGGCUUCACUUUGACAGUCGUGGUUGUUGUUCUGAUCAUCACCAUAGCGAGGAGAGCAGCUAGCAAGCUGACCUCAUAUAACAUCAAGCAAACAAAGCACAACAGACAAGUGGUGUCCGAUGACUACUUAGAAGGAUGUUAUUCUUAUCAGGUGUAGUUCAGGGAUUCUUAAAAAGACGAGAUAAUCUAAACUUAUUUUCACAAAUAUGUUUGAUAAUAUUAACAGAAGUAUCAGCUAUCACACCAUGUAAAGGAACAACCUCCUAAUACUUUAAAUGUUUCAUAAAAUGCAACUAACUCAACUCCGUCAGACACAAUAAAAGGCAUUCCAUUUUUACAUUUAUUGUUGAACAAGUGUUUAAUAAAGGCCUUGAUUGUUUAAUUGUAACAUUAGAUUAUUCAAAAAUUGUAAUACAAAUCUCCAAACGU